AUGGCUGAGAACGUCGUCGGCCUCAACGUCCAGAAGGUCGUCGAGCCGGACGCGGACCAGGGCGUCCACGACGCCGACAAGGCGCGCCACGUCCAGACCUUUGCCUCCCAGGCGUCGACGGAGGAAGGGGCCCACGACCAUGCCCUUCUCGACGACCAGGCGUACCCGGCGCCCACGGAGGAGGAGCGCAAGACGCUGCGCAAGGUCUACGACUCCAUCCCAAUCGCCUCCUGGUCCCUCUGCAUGGUAGAGAUGGCCGAGCGCGCCUCCUACUACGGCGUCAAGGCCGCCUUCAACAACUACAUGCAGUUCCCCCUGCCCGAGGGCGGGCCCGGCACCGGUGCCAUCGACCCCAGCAAGCCGAACUCCCACGCCGGUGCCCUCAACCUGGGCAUCCAGGCCGCCUCGGCCCUGGGCCUCCUGUUCACCUUUCUGGCCUUUGUUAUUCCCAUCUUCGGCGCUUGGAUCGCCGAUACCAAGAUCGGUCGUUACCAAGCGAUCUUGUGGGGUGUGUUCAUUGGCGGCGUCGCCCACGUGAUCAUGAUAGGAGGUGCUGCGCCCGCUCUGUUGCAGGCCGGAAAGGGCGUUGCGCCCUUCCUCGUCAGCUUCAUCCUCCUCGCCAUCGGGGCCGGCCUCUUCAAGCCAAACGUUGCCCCAUUGGUCAUCGACCAGUACCAGUACCAACGCGAGUACACCAAGGUGCUCAAGUCUGGAGAGAAGGUGCUCGUCGACCCGGAGACAACAAUCAGCCACAUCAUGCUUGUGUUCUACGCCUUCAUCAACGUGGGCGCCUUCUUCUCCAUCGCCGUCGUGUAUAUCGAGAAGUACCACAGCUUCUGGCUCGCUUACCUGGUGCCGGGCGUUGUGUAUUUCCUCCUGCCAUUCCUCCUGGCAGCCAUGUAUAAGCGCACAGUCAGGAAGAAGCCCCAGGGCUCCGACCUGACCCGGUUCAUCAAGAUCACGACCUCGGCAUUGAAAGCAAGCAAGUUCAACGUCUUCUCCAAGAAACUCUGGGACAAUGUGAGGCCCUCGACACUGGCCGAGAGGAACAUCCACGUCUCCUACUCGGAGAAGGACGUCGAUGACACCUGCCGCACCUGGCAGGCAGUCCAGAUCUUCCUGUACAUACCUAUCUGGAACCUGAACGAUGGCGGUGUUGGUGCCGUCCAGAGCAACCAGGGCGCGAGCAUGAUCUCCGACGGCGCACCGAACGACCUGCUGGGUCACUUCAACCCCCUGGUGAUCAUCGUGUUCUCGCCCUUCAUGGCACACUUCGUGUAUCCAUUCCUCGAGCGCAGGAAGAUCAGGUUCGGACGAAUCAGCCGGAUGACAUUUGGUUUCGUCUUGGCCACCAUCUCAGGCGUCAUCGGCGCCAUCGUCCAGUACCGCGUGUACGCGACCAGCCCAUGCGGCUACUUCGCCAGCAGCUGUGACGACGUGGCGCCCAUCUCCAUCUGGCUGCAGAUCCCCAACGUCGCGCUCGGCGCCAUGUCCGAGAUCUUCGUCAACGUCACGUCGUACGAGCUGGCCUACGCCCGCGCCCCGGAGAACAUGCGUGCCACCGUCGUGGCACUGUUCCUCUUCAUGACGGCCCUGAGCAGCGCCCUGGGCCAGAUCCUGGUCCCGGCCAUCGCCGACCCCACGCUCAUCUGGGCCUGGGCCGCCCCGGCUAUCGCGCUUGCCAUGCAGACUGCCAUCUUCUGGUGGAGGCACCGCAACGUGAACGAUGAUGUCUUCAUGACCUAUGAGGAAGAUUACCAGCCGAAGACGCCAGAGAGCAAACAGACUGGGGAGGAUGCUAAUGAGAUAAAAGCGUGA